AUGGAAACUGGUUACUACUCUGGCGCCACGAAGAAGACCGAUCCCACUGAAAUUGCUCUUGUACCCAAGCUCAAUAUCCGAAUUAUGCCAAUUCUAUGGGCGAUGGUAUGGUACAAUAGAGCUAUUAGCAUUCUUUUUGUUGGUUAUCUGCUCAUGCAAGUGUCGGUUCCCUCAAACAUGUUCUUGACAAAGAUAAGACCUUCCAUCUAUCCAUUAGCCUGCAUGAUUGGAUGGGCUACGGUAUCAGCAUGUACCAAACUUGUUCAGAACCACGGUGGUCUCGUGGCUACUCGAUUCAUGCUCGGCUUUGUCGAAGCUCCAUACUAUCCUGGUGCUCUUUACAUUAUGUCUAUCUUCUACACAUGCAAGGAGCUUGCCACCCGUAUCGUGUGGCUAACACUGGUCCGGUUCCCAUCGAUAACCCGCUGGCGUACUCAGGAGGAGCGCGAUCUCGCCGUUGCCCGCAUCCGCCGCGACACUGUUGGCGUCAAAGAACGUGGUACAGCCUGGGAAGGCUUCAAGCAAGUGUGUGCCGACCCAAGGACUUGGCUGUUUUGCCUCAUGCAGAACCUGCACAACUCCGCCGUGACAUUCAAUAACUUCUUCCCUACGAUCAUCGCAAGCCUUGGCUUCAAGUCUCACACUACAGCACCCGUCCUCACUGCGCCGCCGUAUUUCGUACGUGACAUACUCGGUAUCCCCUUCGCAUGGAGCUCCGGUCACUUCAACGAGCGUUCCUGGCAUAUCACCGGUGGUCUCGGACUAGCAGUCGUUAGUUUUGAUACGUCCGUGGCCUCCAUGAACACCGCGAUUCGUUACACAGCGACCUUCUUGUAUGCCACGGGUGCUUACUCUGUCGGCUCGGUCCUCUUGGGCUGGGUCAACGCCACACUAUCCCAGACUCAAGAGAAGAAGGCUGUGGCAUACAGUUUGGUCAACGUUACGGCCAAGCGCAGCCGAUGGACCAAAAUACAACAUCGGCUUUCAUCGAUGAUCGCGUUCGCUGCUGAAAACAUUGCCUGUGUUUGGAUCAUGCGCUUCUGGCUCAUUGCACAGAACCGUAAGAUGAGGCGUACCGAGGGCGAUCACCAGGUCGCUUACGCAUACUGA